GCAAAGGCUGAUUCGGUUCAGCUCGAAACACUCGGAAGUUAUCUUUUGCAGUUUUAGAAGCUUGUUUUCGCGGAAGUUUUCUGGUGCAAUCCGAUUAUAAUCGUGUGUAAACGGUAAAGAUGAGCUUCCAUCAUUCGAAUCGCGGUGGAAAUCGCCGGGGAGGCAAUUUCAAUAAAGGUGGCGGAGGUGGACGCCACGGUGGUAGUGGUGGUGGAAAACGUGGAGGAAAGGAUGCGGAUGUUCUGAUCGAUGAGAAAAAUCCGGUCGUUCAGUGUUUCCGCGGGUACGCCCGGGAGUUGGACGAGAAGCACGACCGGUACGAACGGAUCGUCAAGUGCAGCCGGGAUAUUACCAUCGAGAGCAAGCGGAUCAUCUUUCUGCUGCAUACGGUGGAUGUCAAGAAAAACAACCAAUCGCAAGUGUGCGAGGAAGCGAAAGCCCGUCUGCAGAAUCUCUGCCGUACCCAGUUCGCUACGCUAGCCUGGGAGCUCCAUAAGCAGGAUCCCUACCAAUUUCUCCGUGCCUACACGGCCGGAUUGCAGGAAUUUAUCGAGGCGUACACGUUCUGCGAGUAUGUCAACUCGCAGAACAUCUCUCACUGGACUGCAAUCCAGAAGCAGUUGAAGUACAAGAUACCGCCUACCGAAGAGAAGAAAGCAGCGGAGGAGGCAGAUGAAGCAGAAGAUGCUGCAGAGACUGCCGAACAACAACCGGAAGACGAGAUCGACAUAAGUUGCCCCAUACCUCCGAUGGAGUUUGUCCUGGGUGUGGGCGAUCUUACCGGAGAAGUCAUGAGAAAGUGUAUCAAUUCGCUUGGUUCGGGCGAUGUGGACAGUUGCUUCGAACACUGUCGGUUCCUGCAGGAACUGUACAAGGGCUUCAUUUCGAUUAGCAAUGCCAGAAAUCGCGACUUCUCACAGAAGCUGUUCACGUUGCGCCAGAGCUUGUUGAAAAGUGAGAGUGUCUGCUACAACGUAAAAGUUCGCGGUGGUGAGGCAGCCAAGUGGGGCAGCACCGAUGACGCUGGAUUCGUCGGCAUGUCCAAGGACCACCCGGACGAGGAUGAAGGAGUUUUCUUUUAAUUCAGGUAAAUGUUUGCUCUGUGUUGAACCGUUUUUUUUCUCGUCUUAAAUGGCGGUACACUUGAAUUGGAAUAAAUUACGUGAAAUCAACGCGAAAGAACAAAAUUGCACUCA